GCUGUCCCUGCUUGUCCUGCCCCUCUACGUCUACUCGGAGUUCCAGGGAGGAGUGUGGGCCUUGAGCGCAGGUCUGUGUGAUGCACUGAUGACCAUGGAUGUGAUGCUGUGCACGGCCUCUAUCUUCAACCUCUGUGCUAUCAGUGUGGAUUGGUUCAUCGCCGUUUCCAUCCUGCUGAACUACAACCGGCAGCAGAUCGACCUGCGGCAGCUGAUCCUCAUCUCCACCACUUGGAUCUUUGCUUUCGCCGUGGCAUCCCCGGUCAUCUUCGGCGUCAACAACGUCCCAGACAGGGACCCCACCUUGUGUCAGCUGGAGGACAACAACUACAUUGUCUACUCCUCCAUCUGCUCCUUCUUCAUCCCCUGUCCGGUCAUGCUGGUCCUCUACUGUGCCAUGUUCCAGGGACUCAAGUGCUGGGAGGAGGCCAGGAAGGCCAAGCUGAAGAGCAGCGUGUAUGUGGGUGGCAGGAAGCUGUGCUGCCCGCCUCCCAUCAUGGAGAGGAAGCAGGCUGAGAUCAAGCUGCAGGAGCGCAGUCUGUAUGACCGCUCAGUGUCUUUCCCCAGGAGGUGCAUGAUGAACAGUGGCAUCCAGACUGUCUCCUACCCUCACCUCAAGUACCCCCACCCGGGACACAAACAGAAACAGGCCAAGAUCAAUGGCCGUGAGAGGAAGGCUAUGAAGGUGCUGCCGGUUGUGGUCGGUGCUUUCCUCUUCUGCUGGACACCCUUCUUUGUAGUACACAUACGAGCCCUGUGCAAAUCCUGCACGAUCCCCAGUCAGGUCAUUAGCAUUGUCACGUGGCUGGGCUACAUCAACAGUGCUCUUAACCCCAUCAUCUACACCAUCUUCAACACAGAGUUCAGGAAAUUCUUCCGCAAAGCUUUGCACAUCUUCUGCUAAGGUUGGUGCCUGCUGGAGUCAGGGAGGAACUAAAGCACAAGGCACAGCAAAGAGUAAAGAUAACACUGUGUUAGGUGGUUUUUUGUUUUUUGUUUUUUUUUUGUAUAGCUCAUUGAAGUUUGAUUU